AAGAGCCACCGCCCCCUCUUCCCCUCCCCCGAGUGAGUGAGGCGGCGCGGCGGCCCGAGAGGGAUGGGGGGCGCCCGCCGGGUCUGAGCCUUGUAGCGGGCGCCUCGGGCUCGCUCCGCGGUCCCCGCUCCCCGCGGGCUUCCAGUGCGCACCCUCGGUCCCAGUGCCUGUAACCGAGCCGGCGCACCCGGCAAGGGGCGUCCGCCCAGGUGGGUGGGGCGGGGAGGCUACCUGAGGUCACCGGCUGGGCGCGAGAGGCAGAGGACGGCCACGGCGGUGGCAGAACUGCAAGGCGGCAGGGUCCCCCGACCCUCACCCUCGGCCCAGGAAUAACCGAUUGAGACAGGAGAGGGAGGGAGACAGUGAGGGAGAAACCUCCAGUCUUCUCUGCCACUUGUGAAGCUUCCCUCUUGCAGAAUGUGAAAGAUGUUACAGAAUCAUUCAAGAAGUAGCUAAAGAGAGGAGGAAGAAAAAAAGUGCUUCUACCUAACAGAAGAAAACAAAACAAAACAUGGGAAAUACAACCACCAAAUUCCGUAAAGCACUUAUCAAUGGUGAUGAAAAUCUGGCCUGCCAAAUAUAUGAAAACAACCCUCAACUAAAAGAAUCCCUUGAUCCAAAUACAUCUUAUGGAGAACCCUACCAGCACAAUACUCCACUCCACUAUGCUGCUAGACAUGGAAUGAAUAGAAUAUUAGGGACUUUUCUUUUUGGUAGAGAUGGAAAUCCAAAUAAACGGAAUGUGCACAAUGAAACAUCUAUGCAUUUGUUGUGUAUGGGACCUCAAAUUAUGAUAUCUGAAGGAGCCCUUAAUCCUCGGUUAGCACGCCCUGCAGAAGAUGAUUACAGAAGAGCAGAUUGCCUGCAGAUGAUCUUAAGGUGGAAGGGAGCAAAACUUGACCAAGGAGAAUAUGAGAGAGCAGCUAUCGAUGCCAUUGAUAACAAAAAAAACACACCCCUGCACUAUGCUGCUGCCUCAGGGAUGAAAACUUGUGUAGAGGUAAAGCUUUUGUUUUUUUUUUAAAUAUUAUGCUUAUUAAAAUAAACAUCUUGGUAAAAUGUAA